UGCAGUCUGAUUUCUAUCGACUGAAGAUCAGUUGAGUUCCGCAAUGAAGGUCCUGUUACUCUUCGUUUUGGCUUUGGCGGUGGUCAGCGUACUUUGUGCUCCUCAUCAUGAAGAGUCCUACGAUGGCGGAGUGGUCAUCCGGCACGAUAGAGGUAACUUGAAAAAUAGUUGGAGAAGAGCCGAAUGGUAUCCCGGUAGGAGCAGCUCUAGUUCAGAAGAAAGCGAUGAGUUCGACAGCAGUGACAGCUCAGAGGAGGACUUCAGAGGGAGGAAGAAUCCUCAAGGAGAUGAAGGAAUUGAGUGGCCCGCCAAGUCGUUGCCUGGAAAAAGGUUGCCGUCGCCGCCGUCAGGACAUGACGCAGAACACGGGAAAGGAGAAGGUGCUGAUACAGGACACGGAAAGACACAUGAGGCUAAUACAGAACAGAAUACUCCUGAUGAUACAACAAUUUGA